UAAGAAUCAACAUACACCAUACACCACGUGUGACGUGUUACACAAGUGUAGCUCUGCUAUAUUGUUCAUAUUUUACUUUUGUACAUGUAAGAAUUGCAAGUUAAUUACAAAAAAUGGGAAAAGGCCACAGGCAUCAGAAAAAUUUGAAGUCAGAAAAGGCGAAAGUUAAAUUGAAAACUAAGGCGACUAAGACUAAGCACCUGCCAAAAGGCCUCAAUGUUACUGAUACGACAUUUAAAGUGAAAAAAAUUCUUAUUCGGGACCAGUUAAAGACGCAAAAUGAAACAGAUAUAGUUAGUCGACGAAACUUGAAUAUAAAGGAACUCAUAACACGACUUCAUCAUUACAACAGUUCUGUUCGUCAGGAGGCAGUAAAGGGAUUGAAAGAUAUUUUGUCGCAUUACUCUUCAAAGAUUUUGAGCUCUCAACUCCAUUCUUUGCUUCAAAGCAUUGCCGCUUUGUCCCUUGACAAAGAGAAAAGCGUUCGAAGAGAUGCUCUGAAAGCUUUGAAUUUAAUCUUAAAUCCGGUAUCAAAUGAUCAGCUAGAACCUUUUUUCGAUAUAUUAAUAUCGUACCUGAGUUGCGCCAUGACUCAUAUUGAUCCGAACAUUAAGGAAGAUUCUCUCUUGUUCUUGGAUGUUUUAGCUGAGAAUUGUGGAGUUCUACUCGCUCGUAGCAGUCACAAAGUUUUGCCGAAUUUCUUGGACAUGAUUUCCCAAUUGCGAACAGAGUCAAGGCUGGAAAGACAGUUGACAACGACUUUAAAUUCUAAGCAGACAAGUAUCAGGUGGAGAAUCAACGUCCUUAAUAGAUUGGGCAACAUUCUGACGUCUAUGAUUACUGUAAAAAAGUGUCAAAAACGACAAAACAAUGAUUUUACUUAUAAAUCAGAAGAGAUAAGCGUUACAAAAAAUUUAACACAUGUACCGAUUUUCCGAAAAAACUACUUGUGGAUACACCAGCGAAAUCUUAGUAGAGGGCAGGAAAUAAAUAUCCAGGUUGGCAGUGGCUCGGAGGUUGAAGAGAUGAAGAAAUUCAUUCACGUUUUAAUGCUGUUGAUGGUUGAAAGCUGGAUAGAAGUUGCUCCGAAGCAAAGUGGAACUGCACAGUCAAAUCUCGUCAUAACUAAUGAAGCUUCAAGUUUAUUGAAUACAAUUAUGAAAAUAAUGGAACUGUUAAUUGAAUAUGUGGAUAUCUUUGAAGCAGAAUUAGGCAAAAAUGCAAUCGGAAUCUGGUUCAACAAUAGCUUCCGUAAGAUGUUUGAAAACAGUAUUCUUGAGAAUUUCCCUUACUGCGAGACAAGGAUAUUUACAAAGUUGAAGAAAAGACAAGAUGAUUUUACACCAGUUUACAUAAAUACCAAAUGUUUGGAACAAAAUUUGGCUAUUUGUCACGUAUACGUAUGGUUAUCGUCAAAAAACUUCACUAACGGUAGCACUCACGCUGCUAAAGGUCCAGCUCUGCGUGUUCUUCAAUAUAUGAUUGAGAGACUGGAAGAUUGGUCGAGCGGGGAUAAUUUUGCUCUUCAGCAAUUGAUCAGAUCCGUAAAGUGUUUGCUCCUUCGAGCGAGCAAGAUUUGGUAUCAUAAUAAAAUCAAUUUGGGAUCAAUAUUGCAGGCUAUGAUCAAUGUUCAAUCGAAGCAUGCAAAAAAAGAUUUGCGAUCUCAGCUUUUUGAAGUUCUUACAAAAAUUAUUCUGGAUCAUGAUGCUACGGAAUUACACAGGGAGGCUGCAUUUAAGGAGUUUAUUGCUUCGCUACCAAAUUUUUUGCUCAAACACAGUAUUCACGAGGAUACAUUGAAGAUGUUAAACAGAGUUGUACUUCAAUACAGAAAAUGGAUUGAAAAUAGUCUUCGAGAUAAACACGAAGAAAUUAUCGAAAAUGCGAAGAAAAUUGAAAUCAUUGGAUCCGAUGAUGAAAAACGUUCCCGUCUUUCAAUAUGCAACCUUUUUUACUUCAUAGAUGGACAAGUAUAUUACUGAAACCCACUUACUGUUAUUUUGUCCACAUUGAUAAUCAGUAACCGAUGUGAUAUACAUUAUCUAGGAUAAACAUUAUCAUUCUGUACAGAUUUUGAAUAAAAAUACU